GAAGUUUCUGUGCAAUUUCAGCGGUUUAACAUGACACAAGCUUGAAGAUAAAUCGGGUUGUCGAAGGUUGAAAUAUUCAGCAGUUCAACUGAAGCAGUCAUCCAAUUUUCUAGCAUAUUUGGAAGAUGGAAAAAGAUGAUGUUGUUUCAGCUAUGGUUUUCUUAAUUAUACCACUUAUAAUGCGCCCUAUACUUGCCAGCGGAGAUCCUGUCUUUACAUUUUGUAAGACAGAUUCCGGAAAUUACACACUCAACAGCCCAUUUGAAAGCAAUCUCAAGCUUCUUCUUGAGUCAUUGCCAUCCAAUACUGCGGUAACAGGUUUCUACGACAACUCUACUGUGGAGGACCCAAAAGUCUAUGCUCAAGCACUUUGUAGAGGGGAUGUCAACUCCACAGUUUGCCGGGAUUGCACAAAGAAUGCAAGCCAGGAAAUCUUGAAGCAGUGCAAAACUGAAGAUGCAAUGAUUUGGUUUGAACUCUGCCAAGUUCGCUACUCCAUGCAGAAUUUCUUUUCCUUGAUGAUUUAUACUGGAAAGUAUCCAGACCAGAAUUAUCUGGAGAAAAAUCUAUCAAUUAAUCCAGUUCGUUUUGAUAAAGUAUUAACCUACUUAAUAGAUAACAUCUCAAGCGAGGCUGCGAUUGAUCCUUCGAAACGCCUGUUUGCAACAGGGGAAAUUAAAUUUUCCAGGAAGGAAACAAUUUAUGGUCUUGUACAAUGUACUAGGGGCAUCUCUGAAAGUUCCUGUCAUAAUUGUCUGGUGGAUGCCUUGGGAGAUCUUCAUGCAUGCUGCGAUUCACGCCAAGGUGGAAUUAUUGUUAGUGCGAAUUGUAAUGUGAGGUUUCAGCUCUACCAAUUCUACAACGCCUCAAGUGUGUUCUUAACCUACCCAAGUUCCAAAGGGCCUAAAUUGAAGAUUUGGAUGGUUGUGGUGAUUGCUUGUAUCCCAAUAUCGGUUAUAGCAGUUGUUGUUGGGUCUUGUGCUGUUUGUCAUGGGAGGAACAAGAGAACACAAAGAGAUGAUGAGAAAAGCCAGAAAACACUAUUACAUGAGCUGACGAGCCACACUGGAGUUGCCAUUACACAAGAUGGUGAAUUGGUGAGUGCUGAAGAAUUGUCCUUCAUGGAUCUAUCGACAAUAGUGGCAGCUACAGACAACUUUUCAGAUUCAAAUAAGCUCGGACAAGGUGGCUUUGGCACGGUCUACAAGGGUGUGCUGGCAGAUGGUAAGGAAGUAGCAGUCAAAAGAUUGUCAAGGAGGUCAUGGCAAGGCUUAGAGGAACUUAAAAAUGAGGUCAUACUUAUUGCAAAACUUCAACACCGAAACCUUGUAAAGCUCUUGGGAUGUGGCAUAGAGGGAGAGGAAAAGCUGCUUGUCUAUGAAUUUAUGCCCAAUAGAAGCCUUGACUUCUUUAUCUUUGAUUCAGAAAAACGCAUUGAGCUUAAUUGGAAGACAUGCUAUAACAUUAUUGCUGGUAUUGCUAGAGGACUUCUUUACCUUCAUGAGGACUCCCGUCUUAAAAUCAUUCACCGGGAUCUAAAGCCUAGCAAUGUAUUGUUGGACGAUGAAAUGGAAGCCAAAAUAUCAGAUUUUGGAAUGGCUAGGAUCUUUGGUGAAAACCAAUACUCGGCUAACACUCGAAGAAUUGUUGGAACAUAUGGAUACAUGGCUCCCGAAUAUGCAAUGGAGGGACUAUUUUCUGUAAAAUCUGAUGUCUUUAGCUUUGGAGUGAUAUUACUUGAGAUUAUUAGCGGGAAGAAAAAUAGCGGCUUCUACCUCACGGAGCAUGCCCAGACACUGCUUGCAUAUGCAUGGAGACUAUGGAAUGAAGGAAAAGAAUUGGAAUUUGUAGACCCUUUGUUGAUGGAGUCGUGCCCGACAACAGAAGUUUUAAAGUGCAUGCAUAUUGGGCUUUUGUGUGUGCAAGAGGAUCCAGCAGAUAGACCCACGAUCUCAUAUGUGCUUGUUCUGUUGGGAAACGAAUCAGCAUCUCUUCCUCACCCAAAACAACCUUUAUUUGUUGUGGCUCGAGUCAUUCAGACUGAUCACAUUCCCACAACUAAUCUUUCUGUAAAUCACCUUACUGUUUCCAGUCUUUCACCUCGAUGAUGACUACUCACAAGAUUGCCCCCCUUCGUGUUAUAUAGCAUGCUAAUAAACUGGUGAAAUUGUAUCAUAUUUAUGGGAUAUUAUAGAAAAUAAAAGGAUCAUGCACUAGAUGUAUUAAUUGAAUAAUUUAGAUUUGUAUAUAUUAAACUUUUAUAGUAAUGUGAUGGAGGGUGUUCUCCCUGUGAGAUACCUUAGGGUUCCCCUAAUUUCUUCU